UGCUGACAUCCCUUGAAACUAGAGAGGAAGGAAGAACGUACCCAGAAUAAGUGGAAUCAUAGCUUUGGUCCGGAGAACAACCCAGCAAACUGUUUAAGAAAGAAAUAAAACUCGCUGUAUUUGAAUGAUGUAAAAACGCACAGUUUUGGCAAGUAUUGCCCCUAGGUAUACCCCGUAACAUGGAUGCGUCAUACCUUAGUCAUGUUAGUAUGAUGGUUGUUUGUUGAAAAUACAGGAUUCGGGCUGCGUCCACACUACCCCGAUCUUGGGGCAAGCAGUUAGACUGUAAAAUGGCGCACAGCUGUCGGUGGCGAUUCCCUGCUCGGCCCGGUGGAAAUAGCAUCUCGGGCAGCUGGAGGAGAGCGGGACGGGUCCGGGUCACUGCUGCUCUACGAACUGUUACUGAUACUCAUCCGAACACGAAUGGGCUUGGGUUGGGCUUUGAUGCUGCGCUGCAAGUCUCUGCUGCUAUCGGCAACAACCUGCAGAAAUUUCGGGCUAUUUUAGGGGAGACGAGUGGCUCAAGCAGUGGGGAGGAAGAGGAAUUUUGUGGAUUUGGCACGAUCGAUGAACACAGAAGAAAAGAGAGCUCACUGAGACCUCCUGCAGACAAGACCCCCCUUGAGAAAAAGCCCAGAGGGCGGCCCCGUCGGUCCCCGGUGGUUCCUCAGCUCACUUCUCAUGAAAAGCCCCAGGAAAGCUACCGGCCACAAGAGAGGCCCUCAGGGAAGGCGAAUAGGUCCCCAGAAAGGCCCCUGGUUUCCAGAGAAAAGAGGAGAGGCCGACCCCCUAGGUCUGCCCAGAGGGGUGAUGCAGGUGCAGGGGAGCACCAAGGUGGGGGGCAGCAGGCCAGCAGGGGGUGGGUUUGUGGCCAAAAUGUGUCUGAGGGUGAGAGGGAGAGGCAGUGGGGCGCUCCCAGGGAUCGGCGUUUCCACAGGACCAAAGUGAAGCUCAAGUCCAGCCUCAGGGUGGUUGGGAGGAAGGGCGUGGCCAUUCCCGUGGCGCCGCGGCGAAAACGGGGGCGGCCCCCCUCCGCAGAACGCCUCAGAGCGGGGGCCCCCACUCCCUCAGGCCACCAGGGUCCCCACGUGGAAGUAGGUCCCAAACAAAAGACCCCUGGGGAUUUAGACCCUCGUACUCCUCAGCAUUUAAAACUCAGGACAACACAGACUACUGACGCCACCGCAGACCCCUCCUCCAACAGGUCCCCAGCGCCCGCCACACUGAGGAGGGUGCUGGGGGUCCGGCAGAGCCCGCGUCUGCUAAAACCGCCGCGCAUAGUUCCGCCUUCCCGGCGCAGCGAUGCUGCCAUCGCCAAGCAGCUGCUGCAGCGUGCCAAAAAGGGGGUGGCAGUGAGGGGGUGUCCGGGCGGGGCCGGCCGGGACAGGGCCAUGAGGAGGAGGUGGACACAGCUGAAGAAUAUUCGGCAGUUCCGCAUGCCUGUGGUCAGCACCAUCUCCAUGCGCGUCAUUAAGACCCCAAAGCGCUUCAUUGAGGAUGAGAGCGGUUUCCGGGUUCCACCACCCCAUGCCAAGAUGGCCCGUCUGGAUGCCGCCCCCUCUGCCUCCCUGCCUACCGCCCCUGCCUCUGCCAUCACUGCGGCCCCUGCUCCUGCUGGGACUGUAGUCUCCAUCGUCUCCCUGGCCCCACCCCUCACUGGCCCCGAGUUCGGCAGUACGGUUUCCCAGCAUUCCUCCCGCUCCAGCAGCCCCAGCCUCGACUCCUCCAGCGAGGCCCAGUCCCCACCCCCCCCAGUGCAUCCCCCGCCCCCAAGCUCCGAGCGAGGGCGGAUGGUGACGUUUGGGCGGGGCAGGAGGGGGAGGAGGAAAUGCCUCAUCAGUCCAGCCACGGGCCUCCUGCGCUCUUCCUCAUCCCAGCAGGCCUCCCCCGCAGCCUCGUCAUCCUCCCUGCCCCCUCUCCCCCUCCUUGCGCCGCCCCACCCCCUGCAGUCCUCGUCCCCCACCUCUGCUGUUGGGGAACAUCACCCCCACCACCACCCUGCCUGGGUCAUGCCCCACCCCAUGGCCUCCUUCCUGCCUCCCCCGCCCGUGCUCUCGCCCCUGCAGGACCAGCAGCGUUCCAUCCUGCGCCAACCCACCUUCCGCUGGUCCUCUGCCCUCGCCUCACGCCAGUGCUUCUCCUCCGCCAAGUACGCCAAGGAGGGGCUUAUCCGCAAGCCGGUGUUCGACAACUUCCAGCCUCCUCCGCUCACCGCUCGAGACGUUGGACUGCUGCCCCCGUGCGCCGGCGUGGGGGUGGGAGCACCCUUCGCCGCUCCGAGCAGGGGCACCGCGAUAGGGGGGUUCUUCCCACCAUUGCCCGCCCACCACCACCUACAACCCUCCUCCCGCUUUGGGGUCCCGCUUCACAAGCUCCGCCCCCCACUCCACAAGCUCCGCCCCCUCCUCCGAGCCCCCCGUUUCACUCCCAGCGAGGCGCACUCCCGCAUCUUUGAGUCCGUCACCAUCCCAAAGCCCAGGUCAGCCUCGCUGUCCGAGCUGCGCGCCCCAUCUCUUAUUGGCCAAGGAGUGCGCCGCAGGAGGAGGGGUCAGCCCCGGUCUCCCUCACAUUCCAUGACAACCCGGAGCAGCCAAUCAGGUGCACAGGCGGGAAAAGGCCCCUUGCAACAAGGAAGCUCUGUUGCCAGCCCCCUCCUCACAUGUGCCUUAACCUCUGCAUCUUUCAGCACCUUUACAGCACAACCCACCAGCCUGCCAGCUGAGCCCACGAUCCACAGGCCCUCUUCCACAUCAUCUUCCUCUUCGCUCCUCAUGUUUGCAUCCAGCCUUCAGCUGGCUGGCCGAGGGCCAGGGAUGGGAGGGAAGGAGAAGGUGUCCUCAUUGCCCCAGGAAAACCUUACCAAGGAGAAAGACACAGAGGAGCGAAAUGAAGAAGAGAACAAAAGGGAGGUAGAGAAAGAGUGCGAGAGGAGAGGGAUGGCUGUUGCUGCAGGGGGCAUUUCGGGGGUGGUACCCUGUCCUCUCGUUGCAGGGGGGAAUGCCACCGAGGAUCCUCCUCUGUGUUCCACCCCCAAAAAUGGUUCUGUCGACACCGCAGAAGACCCGCCCACCAUGGGGCCUGGACACAGGGCAUUCCCCGAAACUUCUCCUGCUUGCCCCACACUCAGGGUGCAGUUGUCCAAAAAUGACACGGCUGCAGACGGGGCUGAGGAGGAAGAGGAGAAGGUGGUAGAAGAAGAGGAGGGGGAGGAGGAGGAAGCAGAAGAGGAGGAGGAUAAAGAAGAGAGUGUGAAUCCCCCGUCCCAGCAGCCCCCCGCCCCUUCUCUUGACCCUGCUCUGGCUCCUGAGGGCAGGCAGCAGGUUGCAGGGAUGCUGAAGAAGGGCAAAGCUCAGCCCUGUAAAAUGGAGAAGAGCAGGCCUCUGAAGUCUACAGAGCCACCUAAAGCACAGGACUUUUCAGACACCCCAGGCCGGGGGCCACGCAUUAAGCACGUGUGUCGCCGUGCCGCUGUGGCGCUGGGCCGAAACCGCGCUGUUUUCCCCGACGACCUGCCCACCCUGAGUGCCUUGCCCUGGGAGGAGAGGGAGAACAUCCUGUCUUCCAUGGGGAACGAUGAUAAAUCCUCGGUGGCGGGCUCAGAAGAGGCGGAGCGUCCCGUCCCUCCCGUGAGGCCAGCCAUGAGGCCCAGGGUGGUGCCCGACUCCCCGGCGCGGGCGGGACGGCGCUCGCGCCGCUGCGGGCAGUGCGCCGGCUGCCAGGUCCCGGAUGACUGUGGCGUCUGCGCAAACUGCCUGGACAAGCCCAAAUUCGGGGGGCGCAACAUUAAGAAGCAGUGCUGCAAAGAGAGGAAAUGCCAGAAUCUCCAGUGGAUGCCUGCGAAGAUGUUCCUCCAGAAACCAGGGAAAGUCAAGAAAGAUAAAAAAGAGAAGCAGAUGUUUGAGAGAAAGGACUGCCGUCAACCUGUGAAGACUCCCCCUUCAGAGGGCAAUCCCAAACCAGUCCCACUCACUUUAAAGGAGGAGCCUGCUCACAGUGAAACUCCUCCCCUAAAACUCAGCGAGGAGCAACAACCACAACAGCCCCCCUCCACCCCCAACCCAGCUGCAGCUCCCGAGACUAAGCAACGUUCACCCCCCCUCCAGCAGGCUCCCCCACCUCAGUCCCAGCUACCCCCCCAGCCAAAUCAGACGCCUCCACAGAAAGGAAGUGUCACCAGCCCUUCUCCCACAGAACCCAAAGAAAAGCCCCAGCAGUCAAACAUGGGCCCGCCCCCAACUGAAUCAGCUUCCGAAGUAAAGCUGAUGAGAAAACUGACUCCUGGAUUUCCUCUCCCUGAUAAAAACAAAGCAAAAGAGAAGGAGAAGCAGACCCCCACGAGCAGGUCUUUAAACUCGCUGAGCACUCCCUCGACAGGGGGCGCUGCUGCGCCCAGAGUACCCUGCGACGGAGUGCAUGGCCUGCCGGGGGAAUUCAAGGAGGACUGUGACGUGGAGAAUGUGUGGGAGGCAGGCGGCCUCAGCAUCCUCACCUCUGUGCCCGUCAAACCGCUCACACUCUGCCUGCUGUGUGCCAGCAGCGGGAACGUGGAGUUUGUGUUCUGUCAGGUAUGCUGUGAGCCCUUUCACCUUUUCUGCCUGGGGGAGGCAGAGCGCCCCCUGCAGCAGCAGCGGGAGAACUGGUGCUGUAGGCGUUGCCGUUUCUGUCAGGCAUGCGGCCAGCAGGACCCCAGGAGCAAGCAGCAGCUACUGGAAUGUGAGAAGUGUGGAAACAGCUAUCACCCUGAGUGUUUGGGGCCCAAGCACCCUCGCAGACCCACCAAAAAGAACAGAGUCUGGAUCUGCACCAGGUGUGUGUGCUGCAAGAGCUGUGGGUCCACCUCUCCGGGGAAGGCUGCCGAUGCCCAGUGGUCACAUGACUUCUCCAUGUGUCAAGAUUGUGCUAAACUCUUUGUUAAAGGUAACUUCUGCCCGCUCUGUGACAAGUGCUAUGACGAUGACGACUAUGAGAGUAAGAUGAUGCAGUGUGGCAGCUGUGCACGCUGGGUGCAUGCCAGGUGUGAGAAUCUCACAGAUGAGAUGUAUGAGAUCCUGUCCAAACUGCCUGAGAGCGUGGUCUACACCUGCACUAGCUGCACACGGCACCCCCCAGCAGAGUGGAGGACUGCCCUGGAGAAAGAGCUGCAGAGCUCGGUACGCCGUGUCCUGAAUGCACUGCUCAACUCCCGAACUUCUGCACAUCUCCUGCACUGCACACCGGCUGUAAUGAAGCUGUCAGAGCUGAACCCAAAGUCGGAGGGGAGCCUACCGUCUCGCCGCUCCCCUGAGGGUCCCAACCCUCUUCUCCUAAGGGGGGCGCCCCACUCUAACAAGUCCCCCCCAGACCUGGAGUCUGUGAAGACAAAGAUGGAGAGUGGUGGCUAUAGGUCUGUGCUGGAGUUCAGCGAUGACGUGGUGAAAAUUAUCCAGACUGCCAUCAGCUCUGAUGGAGGACAGCCAGAGAACAAGAAGGCUAACAGCAUGGUGAAGGCCUUCUUCAGCCGGCAAAUGGAGCGGGUCUUUCCCUGGUUCCAGGUGAAGGAGUCCAGGUUCUGGCAGCCCCACAAAGUGUCACCCAGCAGUGAGUUGCUUCCAGAUGCAGUUCUGCCUCCUUCCCUGGACCACAACUAUGCGCAGUGUCAGGAGAGGGAUGGGAGCCCCCCGGCAGAGCAGUCUCUCCUCAUGAAGAAGAUCAUCCCUGCACCCUGGCCCCAGACCCUUGGGGAGUCUGACCCCCCAAUCACCCCCUCACCUGCCCCAUCCCAAAACCUGCGAGAGGACAGUCCUGAAGUGGUCCCACCCCCUGGUUUGAGUGACAGCCGGCAGUGUGUACUCUGUCUGAAGUUUGGAGAUGAUAACAUUAAUGAUGGUGGCAGACUUCUGUACAUUGGGCAGAAUGAGUGGGCCCAUGUGAACUGUGCGCUGUGGUCAGCUGAGGUGUUUGAGGAUGAUGAUGGUACCCUGAAGAAUGUUCACACGGCAGUUGCACGUGGGAAGCAGUUGCGCUGUGAGUUGUGUAAGAGGUCGGGGGCAUCAGUGUGCUGCUGUGUUUCUGGCUGCAGCAGUAAAUUCCACUUCAUGUGCGCACGGCGGCAACGUUGUGUCUUCCUGGAGGACAAGAGGGUGUACUGCCCACGGCACCACAACCUCAGCAAGGGUGAGGUGGUAUCAGAAUCUGGGUUUGGCGUGGCACGGAGGAUCCUUGUGGAUUUCGAGGGGGUAAGCCUGCGGAGGAAGUUCCUGAGCUGUGCGGAUACAGAGAGUAUCCAAAUUAUGAUUGGUUCCAUGACCGUUGACUGCUUGGGAAUACUGACAGAGCUGUCUGACUUUGAGCACCAUCUAUUUCCCAUCGGAUACCAGUGUUCGAGAGUGUACUGGAGCACUGUAGAUGCCCGAAGGCGCUGUGUGUACACCUUCAGGAUUCUGGCAUGUGGUCCUCUGUUAGGAGAUCCUGUCUCAGAAAUGGAACUUUCACCUCAGGUGGACCCAGUGAAGUCCUUCUCCAUUCCCACAACAAAACCAAAGGCUAACAUGCGGAAUGGAGAACACAACCAAACCCUGGGCCAGUCUCCUUGCUGCAGUCCCCUUCCUUCUCCAGGAGCCCUGGUUGAUUCUCAUCAUGGAAUUGUAAAGGUGGAUGAUGCCCCUCUAAGCUCUGGACUGCAGUGCAGUGCCCAACAGUGCCACACUUCCUCCCCCUCUCCUUAUCUUUCAAAACAGAGAGUCACCUCCACUGUAUACGGUGGUGGUAUACUGAGCCAACUAGGGACCAUCUCGACUGCACUCUCCCUCUCCAUCACCCCCCAACAUCCAGGGGCAAAGGAGGUGGAACGGGAGAGAUACCCUGCUGUGGACAGCCUGAGUGGUGAGACGAUGACUUUAAUCCCAAGGACCCAGAGUAAAUGGCGUGAUGGUGUGCCAAAGAAGAGAGAAAAUAGCAGAAGGGCACAUGAUGGUAAGCUGCCUGGGCCAGAACAUGUUGUGGCUGGCUCACUCAAGGAACGAGCUGCAUUACCUCCUGAUACUGUGGUGCUAACUGGGCUGUCGAAGAGCAGCAGCUGUAAGCUGGAAAAGGGGGAGCAGUGCAGGAGAGGCACAGAAGGGCUGCCUUCCCCACAUUCUCCUGCAACCCUUCCUAGGAGUAACCUUGGGAAAGAUACUAUUAGGAGCAACUCAGCAAACAAUGCUAGUAGGGGUAACUCAGUUAAGGACACUAGUAGGGGUAACUCAGUUAAGGAUGCUAUUCGGAGUAACCUGGGGAAAGAUACUAGAAGGAGCAAAUCAGAGCAGGACACUAGUAGGGGUUAUUCGGUGCAGGAUGCUAGUAGGAAUAACUCAGUGAAGGAAACUAGUAGGAGUAACUCAGUGAAGGAUGCUCGCAGGAACAGCUCUGAGAAGGAUGGUAGUAGGAGUAACUCAGUGAAGGAUGCUUGCAGGAACAGCUCUAAGAAGGAUGGUAGUAGGAGUAACUCAGUGAAGGAUGCUCGCAGGAACAGCUCUGAGAAGGAUGGUAGUAGGAGUAACUCAGUGAAGGGUGCGCAUAGGAACAACUCUGAGAAGGAUGAUAGUAGGAAUAACUCAGUGAAGGAUGCUCGUAGGAACAACUCUGAGAAGGACGCUAGUAGAGGUAACUUGGUGAAGGACAGUAGUUGGGGUAACUCGGUGAAGGAUGCUAGUAGGAGUCACUCAGUGAAGGAUGCUACUAGUGGGAGUAACUCAGAGAAGGAUGUUAGUAGGAACAGCUCUGAGAAGGACGCUAACAGGGGUAACUCGGUGAAGGACACUAGUAGGGGUAACUCAGUGAGGGAUGCUAGUAGGAGUAACUCAGUGAAGGAUACUAGUAGGAGCAACUCAAUGAAGGAUGCUAGUAGGAGCAACUCGAAGAAGGACACUAGUAGGAGUAACUCAGUGAAUGAUGCUAGUGGGAGUAACUUGGUGAAGGAUGGUAGUAGGAACAGCUCUGAGAAGGAUGCUAGUAGGAGUAACUUGGUGAAGGAUGGUAGUAGGAACAGCUCUGAGAAGGAUGCUAGUAGGAGUAACUUGGUGAAGGAUGCUAAUAGGAGUAAAGCAGAGAAGGAUGUUAGUAGAGGUAACUCAGUGAAGGAUACUAGUAGGAGUAACACAGUGAAGGAAGCUAGUCGAAGUAGCAUAGUGAAACAUAAUAGUAGAAGUUACUCAGUGGAGAGUACUAAUAGGAGUAACUCAGUAAAGGAUACCAGUUGUAGUUACUCAGUGAGGAGUAGUUCAGUGAAUUGUGCCCGCACUAAUACCUCUGUGAAGGAUCCUUGUAGGGAUAACUCCACAAAGGAUGCUGGUAGGAGUAACUCAGUAAAGCGUGCUAGUUCGAGCAACAGAGUAAAGGAUACCAGUAGUUGUAACUCAGGGAAGGACGCUGGUAGAAGUAAUUCUGUAAAGGAUACUAGUAGGAGUAAUUUGGUUAAAGAUACUAAUAGGAGUAACUCAAUAAAAGAUAGUAGUAGGGGUAUAUCAGUAAAGGAUGCUAGUCGGAGUACCUCAGUAAAGGAAAAUAGUAUGAGUAAGUCAGUAAAGGAUGCUGGCAGGAGUAAUUUAAUGAAGGAUACCAGUCAGCAUAACCCAGUGAAGGAUAUGACUAGCAGUAAUCUGGUGAGAGAUACGAUUAUGAGUAACCUGGGGAAGAAGAGGAAUUCAGCCCAGGCUACUGCAGGUACCAUGAAACCAGGACCUCAGCCACAGUACCACAGGGCUGCAGUAAAUAUUUCCCAUGGGCAUCUGCCAGGGCCAGCUUCAACAGCCUCCUGCAAGCCCUUGUGGUCCCUGGAAGCCACAGCAGGAGAUGCUGUCACCCACAGUGCAUCCAACAGCCGAGAAAGGAGCUCCAAAGUGAGAGCCACGGGUAGUGUGACAGUGAGAGAUGGACACAGGAACAGGGAGGAACUCACACUGAAAGGUGAAUCCAGGAGCAGUGGGGAGGCAGUAGUGAGAGAGAGAGACAAAAAGAACACUGCAGGCAUCAGAAGCAAAGCAUCUGGGACAAAGGGAAAGGAAAAGCAUCCAGACCAAGCGGGGUCUUCCAGUUGUGAUCAGAGAAACUGCGCUAAUGUAGAGGAACUGAAGCUAAGGUGUGAAUUGGAAAGAGGCCUUAAGGCUUCGCAGGUUGACACGCCGAAGUUAGGGAAGGAAUUGUCCCCAAAGGAAAGGAAGCAGUGGGACCAGGUAAAAACGACACAUCUGAGAACAGAUCCGAAUGAGACUCACACUGUCAGCACCUCCUGCUCCACAGUUACAUCACCCUCCUGUUCCUCAUCUGCUGCUGCUCAGAGUCUCCAUACAAGAUCCUCAAGCCUGCUGGUCUUCUCCUCUACAUCCACAAGUCCAGAUAGUUCAGAAUCAGAAUCUGAGCGUCACCUCCCUGCUCAUCACUGUGAGGAUGAUAAGGAUGGCCCUGAGGAAGGUGAGGAGGAUGGUAGUGCUGCAGAUGAGAACCAAGAGGACGACAGUGAUGAAUCUGGUUCUGCAAAGCGGCGCUACCCACGGCGCAGUGCUCGUGCACGCUCCAACACGUUCUUUGGCCUCACGCCUUUUUAUGGUGUGCGUUCUUAUGGAGAGGAAGAUGUGCCAUUUCACUGCGAUGGAGAAGCCUGUGAGCAGAAGAGGGCUGGGGGUAGGAGCAGCAAGCUGUCACCAGAAGGGCAGGUGGACAGGGCAGACAAUGUGUGCUCCUCUUCUUCAGCGGAGAGUGAGGAAGAUGAGGAGGGUAGUAGUGAAUGCCCAAAAAAAGAUGCAUUCUAUUAUAAUUUCACCCGCACUGUCCUCAGCCCUGGUAUUGAGCAGUCUGUGGGCAGGAUUCCAGAGCUUCACAGCUUCCUGAAGAAAGAAGCAGGAGCUAAGGAGACAAAAAGGGAAGAGGCAGGAAGCUCAGUAAAGAGCCUAGGCCAGCCAAGGAUCGGCCAACUGGAUGGAGUUGAUGAUGGCUCUGAAAGUGAUGCUAGUCUGAGUGCUGCCGGCAUGAACACCACAUCCACCACGUCUACAUCAACAAAGACCACUCGCAAGAAGAAGGCCAAGGAGGGCCGGGUGGAACAGGACCGGCCAGAAAAGCAGGAUGAAAGCAGCAGCAGCGGGUGUGGAAAUAGCGGUGGCCGUGGAAAUAAUGGAAGCCGUAGCCGUAGCAGAAAGAAUCAGAAGGAGAGCUCUCUCUCGCUGGGCAGUGGGAAGUCACAGGGACAGGGUCCCCUGGAUGCUCAGCUGUCCCUUAGCACGGACCUUCUGAAGUCAGAUUCUGACAACACCAACAGUGAUGACUGUGGGAACAUCCUACCCUCUGACAUCAUGGAAUUUGUGCUCAAUACACCAUCCAUGCAGGCCUUGGACCAGCAGCCUGAAUCCUCCUCCUCUCAACUGCUGUCCCUAGAUGAGGGAUUUAGCCUUGAUGGAAACCGGGGGAAAGACAUGAGCCUCUUUGAAGAUUUCCCUCAGCAGCUGCCCAGCACCGGGUCAGCUGAGAGGGGAGCCUCUGUGCCAGGGGAUGAGCCAUUCCUCCCUCUGGAGCUGCCUUCUGACCUGUCUGUGCUCACUACCCGUAGCUCCUCAGUGACCAGCCAGAACCCUCAGCCUGAGCAGCCAGAGCCUAGCAGCCACCCCAUCAUAUCCCUGCCCACUGAUGAUUCCACUGGGGAGAAAGUAAGCAAUAAGACCGGAGGGAACAUAGUUGCCAAUGAAAACCAGCAAGGUGGCCUUGGAGGUGGAGAUCUGCAGUCUGUAGAGGGUCGCAUCACCCCUGGUCACAUAGACGCCAAUCUCAUUGCAAGCCCAUCCACAGGCGAGGUGAUGGAAUCGGCCAACCGUGAGGUGACUGACACUUCUGGUACAUCUGGAUUGCAAGGUCUUCAGAAACACAACUAUGUACCUACUCCUGCUGGUAGUUCAGGCUCCACCCAGGUGGCUAGCACUGCAGUUCAGCCCACUCACUUGAAGCCAGGCACUGAAAACCUAAUUGUGGUGAAUCAGCACCUGCAGCCCCUUUACGUUCUGCAGACAUGUCCUGGUGUCACCCAGAAGAUCCAGAUUGCUCCCUCAGUCACUACAGCUGCAGUUAUUGAUACCAGGUCCUCCCUUAUCAGCUCCAUGACAGGAGGUUUGACUCUUACUGCAGGCCUGCACACCGGGGUUCCAGCUCCUCAGUCCAUGUUUCCCCCUGGGAGUAAAGGGCCAAUACCUAUAUCCCACCACCCUCAAAUCCACACUUUCACUGGUACUGCACACACGGGAUGCCAGCCUAUGCCCAGCGCGUCAUCAAGCCUGCUCAUUGGGGUUCACCCUAAUGACCCCCACAUACUGGUGUCUGAGGCUGGGCAGCACCCUGGUCUUGCCCCCAAUUCUGCCAUUGUCUCCUGCAAUUCAUCCAUGCCUUCUUCUGUGCAGAAUAAGAAGCGGCCUAUUUCCCGCCUCCAGCCACGCAGGAGCAGGAAGCUGGCUCGAGCCCAGAGCCAGCCUUCCAAUAUGACUCUUAUCAACUUAUCCCCUAUGCAGAUUACUGCUGGAAUCCCAGCACAGCCUGAACUAGUAGAACUAGGCGCCCUGACCUCAGCUGCUCCUGCACCACACCGGAAAGUCCCCAACAUUAUCAAACGGCCUAAAUCAGGGGUCAUGUACUUUGAGCCACCAACUCUGCUGUCACAUGGAGUGUCAGUUUCCGCUGCACAGCCUGUUGUCCUAGGGCACGAGCCCCCCGCACAGCUGCUGCCCUGUACUGUAUCGGGACUGAACCCUAAUCAGUCUGUACUGAACGUGCUGUCAGUUCCUCCUGGGGGCACUGGCAGCCUACUGAGCACGUCAGCUCUCACUACGCCCAUCAGUGGCUUGCUCCUCAAAGCUAGCCAGCAAAGCAUGGGUCUUCCAGACCACCAGAUGAUCCUACAGUCAGGGACACCCAUAAUCCCACAGCUGAGCAACACAACCCAGACCCCUGUUGCCAGUAGCAUCUGCGUCCUGCCUCCCACUCAGCUGCCCUCCCAUCAGACCCUUGGCAUUUCAGCAGCUCAGCAGGAGGCUCAGCAUCUACAGCAUCGCCCAGCCAAGAAACCACAACCUCCUGGUCACAGCACAAGCGUCCAGAACUCCGUCCUGCUCACCUCUGACAGGGUGUCAUCCCAGGCGUCACAAACUAAAGACAUCUCCAGGACCCCGGACCAUCCGCAAGCAUGCAAAACCACAAGCACUGCGGGCACAGCUCCACUCUCUGGCAAGGGGAAGCAGAAAGGAAAAAGGACUCUGCACAGCUCUGAUGAAGCCGGAGGCAAGAAGGCCAAGGCCUGCCACGCAGACCACCCCCGUGAGCGGCUGGGCGAGCCCAACAAAGGCAGCUGCUCUUCAUCCACAUCUGGGUGGCGGGACCCAGUCUCCCAUGAUCCCAUGGACACGGAGAAACUCAAGGAAAGGGAGGUGAAGAGGGCUGAGAUACUACAGAAGAACCCCAAGCCCACAGCUCUUGAUCCCCAUAAGGAAGAAGGGGCCAAAUCAUCGAUCAGUGAACGAAGGCUACUGUUUGAGAUUUGCAGUGAUGACGGCUUCCAGGUCUGCUGUGAGACCAUUGAAGAAGCCUGGAAGUCCCUGACAGAUAAAGUUCAGGAGGCGCGCUCACAUGUCAAUCUUAAGGAGCUUUGCUUUCAAGGAGCAAGCGGGCUGAGGAUGUUGGGUCUGGUACACAACGCUGUCAUCUACUUUGUGGAGCAGUUGCGUGGCGCCCGGCACUGCCGCAACCACCGCUUCCGUUUCCACAAGCCGGAGGGGAUGGGCGACCCGCCCGUCAACCCCCACGGCUCCGCCCGUGUUGAACAGCACCACAGGAAGUCAUUGGUUGACAUGUUUAACUUCCUGGCCUCCAAACACCGUCAUCCCCCACCAUACCAGCACCGGGAGGAGGAGGCGCAUCCAAAGUCUGCUCGGCGUGGCUCCAGUGUGGACCUGCCUUUACCAAUGAGGCUCAGACGCUUGAAGAAGGCAUCCAAGAAAGCUUUAGGGGUCUACAGAUCAGCCAUCCAUGGCCGGGGUCUAUUCUGCCGGAGGAACAUUGACGCAGGAGAGAUGGUGAUUGAGUACUCAGGAACUGUCAUUCGCUCCGUCCUUGCUGAAAAACGCCAGAGGUAUUAUGAGGGCAAGGGAGUCGGCAGUUACAUGUUCCGCAUUGAUGACUAUGAAGUAGUGGAUGCUACCAUGCAUGGCAACGCGGCUCGCUUCAUCAACCAUUCCUGCAAGCCCAACUGCUUCUCGCGUGUCAUCAACAUCCAGGGCCACAAGCGCAUCAUCAUCUUCGCCCUGCGCAACAUCUGCAGGGGCGAAGAGAUCACUUACGACUACAAGUUCCCCGUCGAAGGGCCGGGCCACAAGCUUCCCUGCAACUGUGGAACAAAGACGUGCCGCAAGUUUCUCAACUGACGCCCCGCCCUCUCUGCGUACUCAUGCCAGGUCUCUCACUUCUGUCCCCGCAGUUGUCUGAGCUCUCAGGAAAAGGGGGGUACUGAACCCUGCCUUUCCUGUACCGUACAAGGAGGGGCUUCAAACGGAGUUCACAAGGUAACUGUCCAGCGCACCCUUGCUUUAUGGGAAGUGGGUGGAGUUUAUACUGUGAGAGGCCUUUGCUUUAUGAGGGGACUUCAAGAGGCAAAUUCAUUUGCAACCAAAUUGGGUAUUUUUUCAUAUUUUCACCAAAGUGCGAUUUGUAGCAGGGAAGCAAGUUGCUUUUCUUUCAGCAGAAAAGGAAUAACCAGCCUUUCCCCUCAGAAGCAUCUCCCUGUUUGAAUGUAUUCACCUUACUGCCCCACACAUCUGAUCUGGGGUCAGCACAACAAACCCUAAUCCUAUGGCGAAUGAUAAUGUGAAAAAAAAACCUGAAACUGAUCUAGCAUCAGCACUUAACGGCAGACUCAGUUUACACCGGAGGAAAAAGGAGCUGUGCUGAGUUUUAUUUAAAAUAUCCGUUGUGUGACUAAAACAUUCAAAAUAUUAAUUCAUAAUUUUACAGGCAAAGUAGUCUUAGACAUUAGAGGGAGCCAGCAGUCUUAGAGUUAGACUUGUAACAGGAAGUGCGAUGGUUCUCUUUUAAGGUCAUAGUGAUGUUGUUUAUAGUGAUAUUCAUGUGCGUAAUUAAACCGUGUAAAAGUCCUUACUAGACAGUACUAGGCGGAGAAUAAGGCAGUGGACAAAAUCCCGGUUCUGACCACUGACUGACUGCAGACUGAACUAACCUCUGUAGUUCAGGAAUGUGUGUGUGUGUUUUUUUUAUUUUUUAAUUAUUUUUAAUUUGUGCUGUAUAUUUCAGUUUCUCCUUUAUGCUUGUAUGUAAAUAAUUUAAUACACCAAAUAAUCUGAAUCAGUUGCAUUACUCCUUAGUUAAAAUGGAGACGGAGUGCUUUAUACAGUGUUAUACAGUUUUGCAGACCUGGCAGCAGAAUUAUUGGGAAAGACGGGCGAUUUUUUGGGCGGGCACAUAUCGAUCAAUGUUCUCAAGCGAAAUACCAGCUGAUCUACACAGGAUAUUGCGUUUUCCCAAAAUUUUGAAACAAUUUUUUGUUGUUGUAAAAUGCUACUAUUCAUUUAUGUGAAGUAUGCGUACUAAUACUAUUAGUCUAUAAUAAUAAUAAUAAUAAUAACAAUAAUAAUAAUAAUAACAAUUAAAUAGACAAUUUUUGUUGGUCAGCAGCUAGAGAGGAGGGACGGGCCGGGGAGGGGGGCACAGAGGUCAUCCAGAGCAGGCCCGACCCAAAAAUGCCCACCCAUAGCGCCGGGUCUGCAAGUCUGCUUAUAUAUUUGUUGUUAUUAUGGCCUAUUUACUUCCUGGUCUUAUUGGUCUAUUGAAGCCGUUUGUUACGUUGGCAUGUCUUUAUUCCCCUGCUGUAAAGGGAACCAAACAACCCCUUUAUACCAGCUCUUUAAAGGAUUCUGUCAGGAGACUUUACCUCAACGUUGGUUAUGUGAGCAUGUAUUUUAUUUUAUUUGCAGUCUUUACUGGAGACUGGAGCUGUAUUGAAGUCUUAUUGUUUGUCCGUAUGCCUGUUUUUAUGGAUAAAGCGAAAUCAUGCUUUUAUUUUUUAAAUGUAAGUAAUAUGUAUAUUUUUCUAUAGGCAAGACAGAAAGGCACUUGCCUGUGAAGAACACUUAAUGGUUUUAUAUUUUUUUAAAGAAAACACUAUUUAUUUUACUGCGUUUUUUUGUAGGAAAUCAGACCGUGUCCAUACAGCAGCUUGGUCUUGAUGGCUGCUUUUAUAUGUUUAAUUUUGUAGCCUGUAUAUUAAUUUCUAUUCCAAAGAAUAAAACUCUCUAUCGACCAGGUGCUCAUACUCACUGUCAGUCUGAGCUCGUCAGGGCAUCUUCAAAAUACAGCUUUAGUAUUUGAGGGAGACAUAUCAGAAUAUAAAUGUUGACCUAGGACAGUAAGACAUGUGCCAGCCUUAAUUCCAGAAGAAUAUGUCAGGAUGCCCCCUAGCCACACCCAUAUUUAAAUGAUUUGAUCUGUGCCAUUAUUUUGAAUUCUUUUUUCUCUUAUUGAAAAGCAGGGCUCUUAGUGAAAGGAAAUUCAUAUGUGUUCUGAGUGCAACAGCAUCUGUAGUCAUACAGGUAUAUUCAUUUUUUAAUGAAUGAUUUAAAAAAAAAAAAAACAUAUUACAUUAUCCCAAAUUAAAACUGUAGGCACUACCACUAAAGGUGGGUUGGGCAGAUUGUGGCUCAGUCGUUCUGUAGCCUGCACUGAAUCAUGUGAAGCCUGUUGCCUUCAGCAUGGCUGGGUGCUGCUAUGCUCAGUGGUAUUGGGUGUGUUCAUGUUUGUUUUUGUGGACAGAUGGCUGAUACUCCAGCCAGGUAAAGUGCUGCAGUGCAUAGCUGUAGCAUGUCUUUGUUUCAGUUAUAAAGCAUCACGCUGUUUCUUUUUCUUCAUUUCCGAACGGAUCAGCGUUUAUACCGUGUAUAUAUUCUAUGCUAGCAACACAGCAUCAGUCAAUAUAUACACAGAUUUCAUGUUUCUUUCAAAAUGUGGCACAUUUUUAGUGAAAUGUUUAAUUCUGACAAACAAAACAUUGUUCUUGUUAGCUAACCCUUGUUGCACUGCCCUUGUUUGAGAUUAUGCUCUACUUACAAUGCAAGCACUUGACACACCUGUCACAUUGUCUUAAAGCCAGAGUCACCAUGUAAAUAUUCGUUAAGAGGUCUGCGCUCUGGGGCUGCUGGGUGGCUCACCCUGUUAAGGCGCUGUUCCAGUGCAUCGAUCGCACGCGCUUGUCUGCACCCUCCCAAAUCGACAACAGAGCUUGCAGUGAGCCUUGCAAUGUAAGCAUGAUUGGGAACCUCAAAUGGGUGAGACAAAGGGGGGAAAGCAUUUUUUAAAAGAGGUCUGUACUCUGUUUUAUUGUUGCUGAAAAAUGCUUCUUAUGACCGUAUCGCAACACUGGACAUUUAUGAUUGGAUUGUUAAGUUGCGUUUUUAAAAAGAUUUUUUUGCCUACAUUGUUCUGUGGUAACACAUUAUCCAUUUAAUAUGUGGAAAUGAGUAUUUAAAACUGAUGUCGAAUUGCUUACAUCUCAAGUAAGCCUGGCUCUUGUUAGAGACUUUGCAUCUGAUGGACAUUUUAUUGUAUCUUUUGAAAGAUUUGGGUCAGUGAUGUAUUAGUUGAUAUGUUAAUUGUUAAUUAACAAGUGUUCAUUUUUAUGUUUGCUGAAUAUAUGAAUGAUUUCAGUGCUUGUGUCCAUGUGUGCAUGUGUGUAUAUAAUGUGGUUGUAAACAUCCUUUUGAAGUCAGGCAUUUUUAUCUUUGUUUGUUGUAGUGGGGAAUGCAUUUCUGUUGUAAAUUUAUAGCAGGGAUUUUAGACUGCUUUCUUAAUGUGGUAUUGUUUAAGGCCUACCAAGUACUCUUCUACACACAUCUCCCUUAUCGCUUCUCUCCAUUUUCUUAUACUUUCAUUUAGUGUUACAUAAACUGGGAAUAACAAUAUUUAUUUUGAGAAACAUUUAAUAACCAUCAUUGACGUCACAGGUUACAGUAGGUGUCUGGCCUAAACAGGAACAAGCUUUCUUCACAAUUGUUCCUUUUGUUUUUUCCUUUGUUCCAAAGGAAGUGUAUAGGCGCUGGCUUAAGGGAGACUUGUUGGAGCAGCUUAAAAACACGGUGUCAAAGGGUUCCUGUGGCCUUGCCUUGAUGUUUUUGUCAUGGACGCCUUUUCAUUUUGCCUUUCCUUGAGAAUGACGAUCAUGAUGGUGAUGAUGGUGAUGACAGUCCCUGUGAAUCGGUUUCUUGUCAGGAAAAACCACUGAACCACAAUAAUUUCCCAAUGUACCGAAACUACUUAAAGACUGAAUGUAAGACUAAAUGGCUUGUACAUAACUGUAAAAAGAAGUGUUUCUAAUCAUUUUUAAUUUCUGUGCACUUUUUUUAUUUAAGUGAUAGUUUAAAUAAUAAACAUGUCUGUUUUAAACUUCA